GAGCAUCUUUUAUAUGGACACCAUAAACUUCAAAGGCGAAGAAGAAGAGAUGACACAAAACACGGAAGUUCCGCUUGUGGAGCUGUAAAUAAACACACAUGUAACAACGGCGUGUUUAAAAUCAAUAGCGAUAUUUUCAAAUUGGUUUUUUUGUCAGUCAGCGGGUGAACGUGAUGUUUAGCAGGUCGUAUCAGCAGCUCCCCCAGAGAGACUCUAACCUUCAGAGGAGCUCUGGUUUGUCUACGGACUUCCGCUACAAAGGAAUUUCCUUUGACUAUAUUCCAAAUGUUACUGCCAACGACUUCACUGAUACCUCGCAGGGAUGGUUUUCCUGGAUUUGCAACUUGCUUGUCUCCUUCCUUGUUUAUACCUGCACCUUGAUAACAUUUCCUCUAUCUGGAUGGUUUGUUCUGAAGACCGUGCCCAACUAUCAGAGGAUAGUAGUGUUCCGCCUUGGUCGAAUUUGCCCUCCAAAGGGGCCCGGUAUUGUAUUUGUGCUGCCUCUUAUUGACCAGUGGCAGAGAGUGGACCUUCGCACUCGUGCCUUCAACAUCCCUCCCUGCCAGGUGAUCACUCGGGAUGGCGGCUUGCUUUUGGUGGGAGCAGACAUCCAGUUCCGGAUCUGGAAUCCCGUGAUGUCAGUUGUAUCAGUUCAGGAUCUAAACGCUUCCACCAGGAUGACUGCUCAGAAUGCGCUGACCCACAGUCUGGCCAAAAAGACAGCUCGGGAAAUCCAGAGUGAGAGAUUGAAACUUGAGGAGUAUCUCGGGAUAGACAUAAAUGAGAUGACUCGUCUUUGGGGUCUUGAGGUGGAUCGAGUAGAACUGACUUUCGGUUCUCUAGGAAAAGCCUUUGAAGACAUAGACGCUGCACCCCAUGUCCAUUCUUCUAUUCCUGGACUAGAGGGCCUCGCUGGCCCCAUUCAGCAGCUGGCCAUGCAGUUUCUGAGCCCCAGCUGUCCUUCACAGCCCACUCAAGACAGCUUAACAUUUACAGAUGAGCGUCACAGUGGCCCCGAAUCUGCGGUCACCACACCCACUUCAGUGGAGGAACUGCUCGGUGGCGUCCAAAGGUUGCUGUCUGAGUCUUUAGUCCGCCAUGUUGGAGCCAGUUUCCAGUUUGAGAUCAGUUCCAUGAAUGGGGAACAGCACAGAUACUAUCUGGAUCUCAGCCAAGGCACCGGCAAUGCUGGAUCUGGAUCUUUGCUUCUUGAACCUGAUGUCACGCUGAGCAUGAGCGAUUGCGACCUCCUGGCCAUGUUCCAGGGUGGGCUGCAACCACUUGCGGCUUACACCAGUGGCAGACUGAAAGUUCAGGGGGAGAUCAGUACAGCCAUGAAGCUGGAAGAAGUCAUAAAGCUCCUAAAGAAACAGCAAUCAUAAUCACGUAUAUUUUUCUAUUUAUUGAAAUCUUAACUUUAACUGUAAAUUAUGUUUUUACUGUAAAAUCAAAUUCAAUUUUGCUUCAAAUAAACUACCCUGUUUGCACC